CCCGCAGUCUCUUUCCGAGCCGAGGCAGCGGCUGUGCAGUGCGCGUGCGCGGUGUGGGGACAGCUCCAAAGCUGAGCCUCGCCAUGUCUGGGGAGCUGGAGAUCAUGGAGUCGCAGGUGGUGUGGGAGCCGGACUCCAAGCGGAACACCCACAUGGACCGGUUCCGGGCCGCCGUGGCCAAUGCCUAUGGGGUCCGCCUGGCUAACUACAGUGAACUGUAUCACUGGUCGGUAGAGCAUUAUCCUGAUUUUUGGGCCGAAUUCUGGAAGUUCAGCGGGAUUGUCUUCUCUCACCUGUAUGACGAGGUGGUGGAUCCGUCUAAAGGCAUUGCAGAUGUUCCGGAGUGGUUUAAAGGCAGCCGGCUGAACUAUGCUGAGAACCUCUUGAAGCACAAAGAGAACGAUAAAAUUGCCCUUUAUGCGGCACAGGAAGGAAAGGAAGAAAUUGUGAAGGUGACUUUUGAAGAGCUCAGGCAGCGCGUUGCCUUGUAUGCCGCCGCCAUGAGGAAAAUGGGUGUGCGGAUAGGAGACCGAGUUGUCGGUUAUUUGCCCAAUGGGAUACAUGCAGUGGAAGCAAUGUUGGCAGCUGCAAGCAUCGGUGCCAUUUGGAGCGCAACAUCGCCGGACUUCGGCAUUAACGGUGUACUGGACAGGUUUUCCCAGAUUCAGCCCAAGCUGAUCUUUUCCGUCGAAGCUGUCGUCUACAAUGGGAAAAAGCACAACCACCUGGAAAAGCUGCAGAAUGUCGUCAAAGGACUCCCAGAUCUCAAAAAAGUCGUGGUGAUCCCAUAUGUUUUCUCGAGGGAAUCCAUCGACAUUUCCAAAAUCCCAAACAGCGUCUUUCUGGAAGACUUCCUUGCGGCAGGGAAAGGGGAGCAAGCCCCCCAGCUGGAGUUCGAACAGCUUCCCUUCAGUCACCCUCUUUUCAUCAUGUAUUCCUCGGGCACAACCGGAGCCCCCAAAUGCAUGGUUCACUCCGCUGGGGGAACUUUAAUUCAGCACUUGAAGGAGCAUAUCCUGCAUGGCAACAUGACCAGCAAUGACAACAUCAUGUACUACACAACGACCGGCUGGAUGAUGUGGAAUUGGUUGGUGUCUGCCCUCGCCGUGGGUGCUUCUGUCGUCCUGUAUGAUGGGUCUCCCCUCGUUCCAUCCCCCAACGUCCUCUGGGAUUUGGUUGAUCGACUCGGAAUCACCAUCCUUGGGACAGGUGCCAAAUGGUUAGCGGUACUGGAAGAGAAAAACCUUAAACCCUGCGAAACCCACAACCUCCAGACCCUCCACACAAUUCUGUCAACCGGUUCACCCCUCAAGCCCCAAAGUUACGAGUAUGUUUACAAGCACAUCAAGAGCAACGUUCUUCUGGGAUCCAUUUCAGGAGGUACCGAUAUUAUUUCCUGCUUUAUGGGUCAGAACGUGUCCAUCCCAAUUUACAAAGGCGAGAUCCAGGCCCGGAAUCUUGGAAUGGCUGUGGAAGCCUGGAAUGAUGAAGGCAAGCCAGUCUGGGGAGAGAGUGGAGAGUUGAUUUGCACCAAGCCCAUGCCUUGCCAGCCGACACACUUUUGGAACGACGAGAAUGGAAGCAAAUACAGGAAGGCCUAUUUCUCAAAAUUUCCAGGUGUUUGGGCGCACGGCGACUACUGCAGGAUCAACCCCAAGACAGGAGGCAUUGUCAUGCUUGGCCGCAGCGAUGGCACCUUGAAUCCAAGUGGAGUCAGGUUUGGCAGUUCGGAGAUCUAUAAUAUCGUUGAAGCUUUUGAGGAGGUGUCGGACAGCCUCUGCGUCCCGCAGUACAACAAAGACGGCGAAGAAAGGGUCAUUCUUUUCCUCAAAAUGGCCACCAACCAGGAGUGCAGUCCAGAUUUGGUGAAACGCAUCCGAGAAGCCAUCCGGAUUGCGCUCUCGGCCCGGCACGUGCCCAGCCUCAUUUUAGAAACGGAAGGCAUCCCGUACACAAUAAAUGGAAAGAAAGUCGAAGUGGCUGUCAAGCAGGUCAUUGCUGGGAAGGAGGUGGCUCAGCGAGGGAUCUUCUCCAACCCGGAGACCCUGGACCUCUACCGAAACAUUCCCGAGCUCCAGAACUUCUGAAGGAGCCUGCCUUUCCCCAUCCUUCGAUGUCUGUGGGUGUGAGCGUGUGCGUCUGGUUUUGUACUGUGUAUAUAAUCUGUACAUGGAUGCUGUAUGUACAAGAAACUUAUUUAAGCGGCGGUGUUUCUUUGAACAAAGGGAAAUGCUGUUUUUAUUGCCAAGUGCUUCGUGGAAAGGCUUUUUUUUAAGGAAGGAGUGCAGUGUUGUGGAUUUUGGCACGUCGACAUUGCUCUUCCUCCAGCCGAGAAGAGCUGACUUUCCCUCCUUUCGGGUCACUGGGUGCAGACAUUUUUUUACAAUGUAUAGGAAAGAUCUGUUUUCUGUGUUGAACUGCAUCUUUCAAAUUAAGGGGUGAGUGUCACUUGGGUGGUAGGGCCAUCCUUCUUUAAGAUCAGGUUUGAGUCUUCUGGGGAUUUUUUAAAAUCAUGGAAACAUUGGAAAAUGGCAGGAAAAUGCCUCCCUAGAGCAGUAGCGACUGUUUUUUGCUCACAGUAUUUAGUCAUAGGAGAUAGGUGCAUGAAAUGUCGGAAAUGGGCAAUCAGCCACAAUGCCUCAGAGCCCAUAAAAAUUACACUAUGUAACAAAAUUAGGAAAAAAAACCUGUUCCUGGUUUGAAAGUGUUGUUCGUGUUUAAUUGUGCGGAACUUGCUUUAAAAGUAGUUGUUAUCCUCCAGAAACUUUGUUUUUGUGGCCGCCACAAAGUACUGUAUAUACUCGAAUAUAAGCCUAGUUUUUCAGCCCUUUUUAGGGCUGAAAAAGCUCCCCUUGGCUAAUACUCGAGUGAGGGUCCUGGCUGGCUUCUAUUCAGGUUGGCUUAUCCUUGAGUAUAUAGGUAUUCAGAGUUGGACAGUUUAUCUUAUUAAAGUCUAAUUAUUAUUAUCUUAAAUUACAGUUUUAUAUAAAUAUUCAAAAACAUUUAACCUACUGAUGCCUCAAAUAAUGCAAUUUUAUUAAUAUCUAUUUUUAUUUUUGAAUUUGACCCAUAGCUGCUGCAUUUCCCACCCUCGUCUUAUACUCGAGUCAAUAAGUUUUCCCAGUUUUUGUGGUAAAAUUAGGUGCCUCGGCUUAUAUUCGGGUCGGCUUAUACUCGAGUAUAUACGGUAGGUUGAAUUGGUUGAGAGCACAAAUCUUUACAUCAGGUUACAACUUGACUCUUCAUCCUCUUCUUCCUCCUCCUCUUCAUCCUCCUCAGCUGUUUGGUAAAUAGAUUUAAUAACAAAAGACUUUCACCAUAAAAGUAUACAGCAGAGUAGCUUAUUUAGCAGCAUCAGUGUGACCCAGAACCAGUAGCCAGUAUCAGUCAAAAUAAAAACAUACAGACUAUUGUUAUCUUCCUUCUGAGGCUUUUCUUGUAGGAAAAUAAUAGGCUUGUACUAUUUACAAAAACAAGGUUUUCAUAACAUAAACAACGUUCUUUCUACUUUCUUGUUCUAUCUUUGCUUCAGCUUCUUUCCUUCAGGCUGGGCUUCUCUCUAAAGUAGAUAAAGAACACACAGCAAUCUUCAAACUGAAGCAGCUCUCUCCUUGGAGCAGUCAAACACAGCAGCACUCUUUACACUGAAGCAGUCUUCACACAGGAGGAGCAAGUACCUCACAGGCACAACUGCUCAUACAUUACCCUACUGUUUUUGCUUAGCUAUUGCUUCAUUUUAAUUCUUUCAGUGCCUGUACAUCACUUUUUGUAAUUAAAAAUACACUGUUAAUUUUCAAUAUUUCUGACAAUUUAUAACCCAGGAACAAAAAUCGUGCUACAUACAUAGUGUUAUUUUCGGAGGCGACAUCCUCCCCAGAAUCUUUGGAGGAUUAUGAAUCUUGUAGUCCAAAAGAGGGAACUUUUCCAAGCUGUUUGGGGUCCAGCAAUUUGGUGUUUCCUUGACUCUUUCCAGAAACUCUUGGCGAGCUUGGCUGGAAAAUCCACAUUGGAGAUGGUUUCUGGUAAGGAAUCUUACCCAGUUAAAGGAUUUCCAACCAACUUGCUUUAGGGAGUGUUGGUUCUGUUUGAAAACCCUGAAAAAGAAAGAGAAUGCUUCUUUGUUUUUUAUAAAAUUAUCAAGUACAGCAUGGCGUGCUGUUCUCAAUAAUACUUGACUUUGGCUGCUAGGUUUGAAAGAUUGUGACCUUUGUCCGGAUCCGCCGGUGUCGUCUUUCGAUUGAUGGGACCAAUUAGCCCGACCUGGCCGGUUUGGGCCACCGAUUCCUUCCUAACUGGCCAUGAAAACACAGCUGUAGGUCAAAACAUAAGGAGAAUUGCAGGCUGCCUAUCUUUGAACCUGACUAUUGGGAAAGAAAAUAAUAAAGUGAGCAGGCAGCAUUUGUGAGAUGGAAGAUUCCGCCGCCGUCAGGUCCAGAGAACUCUCUCGAAUCCGUCAACACUAUAUCUCUCAGAAGCCCCAAAGAGCUUUGUGUUUGGUGGCCAAAUCUUUUUUUUUUUAAUCUUUGGGGCAAGGGGAAAUGCAUUUAAAAUGUUUUUUCUUUGUGUUUUUUAAGACUCUGUCUCCGUUUUUAAAAACUUCUUUUUACCUAACAAAAUAAGCCGAUACAAGUGUGCCCAAAACAUCGCAAUGAUUAUGUUUUUGAUAAAGGAAUGCUAAGGGAACGAGUCCAGCGUUCAAGGAGCUUUUGCUGCACUUUGUUUGGGACUUUUUCCUUUUUCGGAAUCAUGAUGUUGAAACACGGUCAAUGAUGUUUGAAGGGAUUUCAAUGUAAUAAAAAUGCAGAAUAAAGUUUCA